AUGGCGGAGGAGGCCAAGUUGGAGGCUCAAGCAGAUCGAGUGGCGGAAGUUGUGUCAUUGAGCAAGGGCUUCCAAGCCCUGGAGGAGGUGGUGAAGAAGGACGAUGCCAUGAUGAAGCAGGCACAUGCCUACAACCGUCUAUCCACGGCAGUGCUCAGCCUUGAGGACGCGCUGCUCCGUGGCGAGGCAAAGCAAGAGCUCGAGGCGGUGAAGCGUGCGGCGCGCGAGGCUGGCGAUGCCUUCGUGCUCAAGCUGCUGGAGGGCUUGCCGGCCUCGGUGGUGGACCGACUGGGCCGCAUCGAGCCUGUCCCCACGGAGUCGGGUCUACGACAGAGCCUUACGGCGCAGCUCGCCGACUGGGCCACAGCGGCUCUGGUGCCGCCCAACUCAGGGCUGCUGGGGGAGCUGCUGGGGCAGGCCUUCCGGCAAGUCUACGUGCUGGAUGGGGAAGAUGUGAGGAUGCCGGAGGAGACAGAGACGGCAAAGAACUUGCGGGUCUUAGGCAGCGUGGCGAAGAUGGAGAACGUUGCGGAGGCCCUGCCGCGGCUGGAGGGCCUCAGCGGCAGCUGCAAGAAGCGCGCGGCCGCCGCCACCUCCGCGGCACGGGAGGUGCUGCAGCUGAGGUGGCGCCGGAACCGCUUCACCGCGCUCAGGGGGAACUUGCUCAGCCCUGAGGAGAAGCUCGCCAAUUACGCGGCACGCGGGGAGGAUCCCAACAAGGACAAGGAGUGGGAGGAUCUCUUCGGCCCUCGAAGCCGGGACCUUCGCAUGGGCUCACUGCAUGGGUCGUUCGCCCGCGCACCCAUGAAGCGAUGUACCUUCGACCCGGUUCAGACGCCUCUGGCUGUGACCUGCGAGUUGGACCCGCAGGACUUCGCGAAGCGCUGCCGCGUGGCCGAUGACCCGGCGUCGCCCGACGACCUUCUGAAGCAGUCGCUGCUUCGCUACGUGAGGUGCGGGCGGUACAUUGAUCGCUCCGGCAUCGGCGACGAGGUGCAGGACCCCGCGGCGCCGCACGAGCCUUUGGAGGGCAGCUACCGAUCGCUGCUGCAGACGUUCCGAGGGCUGGCAGACGCGACGGCCGUGUAA